CUCCACAUGGUACAGCUCUCAGAGGAGGGGAUGGAUAAUAAGAGUGUGGAGUUGAACUAAUGCCAUUGCACUGACUCAUCCAGGGAGAGCAAAGGAGCUCAGAGAACAAGAUACCAGAGAGACUCUCAGACAGAAAGGGGGGCAGGCGACAAGGGGGGAGAAGAGAGAGACUCACGCGGGCAGAGACGAGCAGGUAGCAAGUGUAAAGAUCAAUAAUUAAGGGAGUUUAAAAAGAAAUCAAGAGGCUAAAAUCCUGGACUGAAUCAUCCAGUCUAGUGAGAGCAGGGAACUGGCACUUUUAUAAAGCACUUAAUUAAACAGGAGGCAAAGAGCCUCUUGAUUGAAACUACAGAGCCAGAGAAGCGUUGAAAACAGAACAAAUAUUCACAGGAAGUCUGAAGGAGGGCAAUAGACACGCGCGUUAUAAGUGUGUGUUUAGGUCUCUUUUUCCUCCCCUUUCUCUUCGGAGCAAAUGUGACAGAUUUUAAGAUAGAGACUAAAACAAAGAGAGACGUCUAAUUACACUUCUUUUUGCGGCAAAUUUUAAAUCCACAUUUUUUUGGAGUGCACCAAAGACCUCUGGGAUUAGAGAGAGUGGCUCUAUUUUGUGAAGUGGGAAAUAUUAUUCCCCCCCAGUCUUGAGUGGAGGAAAAGGUUGAGGAAAGAGCUUUAUUUUAACUCUUUUUAUUUAAAAAAAAAUCUUUACGGAGUGCAGUUGGAAGGCUGAAAUAAAAAUCAGGUGAGAGAGGUGGAGAAAUAGAGCGUGUGUGUGAAGGAAAAAAACAUUGUGUUUCUCUCCGGCUUCUACCUCGGAUCAUGUACCAGGACUAUCCCGGGAACUUUGAUACCUCCUCCAGGGGCAGCAGCGGCUCUCCGGGCCACCCAGAGACUUACUCCAGCGGCACAGCACAACAGAAAUUCCGGAUAGAUAUGCCAGGAUCAGGCAGUGCUUUUAUCCCCACCAUUAAUGCCAUAACAACCAGCCAAGACCUGCAGUGGAUGGUCCAGCCCACCGUGAUCACCUCCAUGUCGAGUCCCUACUCUCGCUCACAUCCCUACAGCCAUCCUCUGCCCAGCCUGUCUUCAGUUGGUGGACAUACAGCCCUUCAGAGACCUGGUGUCAUAAAAACUAUUGGGACCACAGUGGGCAGGAGGAGAAGAGAUGAGCAGCUGUCACCUGAGGAAGAGGAGAAGCGAAGGAUCCGGAGAGAGAGGAACAAGCUGGCAGCUGCUAAGUGUCGUAACAGGCGUCGAGAGCUAACAGAGAAACUCCAGGCGGAAACGGAGGAGCUGGAGGAAGAGAAAUCAGUGCUGCAGAAGGAGAUCGCUGAACUCCAAAAAGAGAAAGAUAAGCUGGAGUUCAUGCUGGUGGCUCAUGGCCCUGUGUGCAAAAUCAGCCCCGAGGAGCGACGUACCCCACCAUCUCACAGCCUCCAGACUGUCCGGACUGGAGUGAGUGGAGCAGUGGUGGUGAAGCAGGAGCCGGUGGAAGAAGAGAUCCCAUCCUCCUCUUUGGGCCUCGACAAAGUUCAGAGAUCUGUCAUUAAGCCCAUCAGCAUUGCAGGGGGGUUUUAUGGGGAGGAGCCACUCAACACUCCCAUUGUGGUGACCUCGACGCCCGCGAUCACCCCUGGCACCUCCAACCUAGUCUUCACGUACCCCAGCGUGCUGGAUCAGGAGUCUCCUCUCUCCCCUUCGGAGUCAUGCUCCAAAGCUCACCGGAGAAGUAGCAGCAGCGGUGACCAGUCCUCAGAUUCCUUGAACUCUCCAACCCUGUUGGCCUUGUAACCUCCCUGUGUCCCACAUUUGCCAGUGUGUUACAUCGCCACCCAGGACUGUGGGGUGGAACCUCCUCCACAAGAUUAAAGACAGGCACAAGGGCGUUCAAGCACAAGGACAGCGAGAGCAAGAGAAGGGGAAAUGUGGCUCCAGGAAGCUCCUGGAGCAGGAAGAACAAGAACAAAUGUAAACUACAUGGAAGCAGAAAUGGUGAUGGUGGAAAUGACAUGCCCAGUCCAUCUGGAGAGGGGAAUCUCCCCUCUGGAGUGCCUGCCUACGGAAACCUCUUCAUGUGUUUAAUGGACUUGGGAAACACGCUUGGCCAGGACUGGAGGCGAGCCGCAGAAAAUCACUAGUCACCCCCUACCUUUGUGAACUGAUCUGAUUAGUUACUCUCUGUGCUUGGUUCAUUCUGGUCCAUUGAUCUCUCUCUCUUUCUGUUACUGAUCCCAUGACAUUUCACCUAGUCGAUAUCCACUCUAAAAGCUUUUUAUGAUCUUUGUUAGCUGCUGCUGAUGAUGUUGGGAGGGGCUGUGGGAAAUUCUUGCUGUUGUCAAGAUGGGGAGUGUUGGGAGGAGUCACAAAUGCUUGGUCACAGGGAUGGUGCUUGUAAGUCAAUAGCCCACAAGCUCAGUGGCAAGGACGCCAUGAACUGAGGGGGAAGAUUUGUUUAGAGGAGUUGGAGGGUGUGAGAUGGACAUUUUUGUCCCAUUUCCCCCCUCUUCCUCCGCAUGUUGCAAAGGUCAGAUUAGCAGAAUGCCUAGUAAUGGGAACUGGAAUGGUGCCCCGGUAACUGAUAGGGUACCAGAGUCCAUUUCCAGUAGCUAGUGUCUUUGGCAGCAUUUCUCUUGUAAUUAGUGUUUGUCAAAUCUGCUGCUGGACCCUUUGUUUCCUUCACCCUGGCCAACUGCCACCUUGGGCGCAAUGCAUCCUGCUCCUCUUCCUCCUCCUCCUCAGUGUGCCUGACUCAGAUGCUGAUUCCACUCCAUGGGCAAACCCUUCUUCCUCAGCCCAUAUUUCCAGAACAUAUCACUGACGAGGAAGUGACAUUCCAGUGCGUCCAGGAAAGAGAUUUACUAAGAACAAAAGGGUGAAGUUGCCUGAACGUUCUCUUGUCACCCAGGCAACAAUGCAGUUUGCAUCUCUGCUGUCUUUCCUUGUCUGUAUCAUUGCACCUUGAUUCCUAGCCCCUGUUGUUGUUUGCUACUUGCUGGGUUGGGGGAUUUUUCAUUCUGGUAUUCAGGACGAGCAGAGACUCUGCCUCUAACAGUGGACCCUCUGUCUUCUCCUACGCAGGGUCUCAGCUGACAGUGCCGAGUGCACACAAUGGGCAUGGCCAUUUAAAAAUAAUGUUCACUACUGAAAAUAGGGAUAGGCUUAACCUCAGCUCCUCUGGAGCCAAGUCCAACUCCUACUGAAGUUAAUGGCGCUUGCACACCGUGCUCAGGUGCACCAAUGGGUUUUCCAAGAUCGAGUGCAUGGAUGUUGGGUCAGGCUCCUGGUGUAGUAGCUGAAAGCUCCAUUCAGUGCAUUCAAAGAGUAUCUCCAUUAGUCUGUCCAUUGAAGCUGCUGUCUCAGCAUAUCUAAUUGUAUGUGGUAUAAUCUUCUUUGGUUUAUCAAUCGAAACCUGGGUAUGUUCUGAAUUAGGCUGGACUGUGGAGAAAUCUUUGGUGCAGUGUUUUAUUUUAGGGCCCAGUCCUGUGAGAUGCUGAGCACUCUCGGGUCCUACUGCCUCUAUUGGGAUUUAACAAUACUCAGCACCUCAGAGGUUUGGGCUUUUUCUGUAGUAAUCAUGGAUUCUGUCAGACCCUCACUGUUGUAUCAGUUUUAAAGGGAUACUGUCUGAAUGUAGGUUUUCUUUAAAACCAAACCAAACCCACGCAUUUACAAAAUUUGCCAGGAACAGAAAUGUUUUAGUGACUUGUUCAUGAAACUUAAAUUCAUUGAUUCUGUUUUUUCUUAAUUAUGUGAACAUUCCUUACUUUGUGCUAGUGCCAGAGACCCAAAACUGACUACAGACCAAAGGUAAAACGAACCAGUUAGUUUCAUUGUCCUUAGUUGAAGUGCAAAACUUAACUGAUUAAUGGAAAUAAAGGUAAAUGAUUUUAAACAUUUUUCAAUAAGUAGCCCAGAGAAGAUUCUGUAAAAUGUCUCCUAUGUUUCAUUUCCACUCAUGCAGGGCAGAAGAUAAUAUUAACAAGCGGUGACUCCUAAACACAUGUAAUUUCUCCCUGGGCCAGUUGACCUGAGCCACUGUUCUGCAGGGACCUCCUUAGAAUUAAUUCAUGAUUAGCAUACUCAUUAAGAAGAACUGAGUAGGUACCUGUUUCCCCAUCUUUCUGAGGAUUACAAAACUGGUAGUGUGUGAGCAAAAGUCUCUUCUAAAGUCUCCUUAGUACCAAACUGAAUCUGUGGUGUCUUGAAAAAUAACUUGUCCCAUCUUCUAAUGUGUCUUCAGGUGAUGUUCACAAUCCCAUCAGCUAUCUACUUGAUUUGGGAUCAGGCAGUCCUUUUAAUUACUGUGGAGGGGUGGAGAGAAAUCUGUUCAAGAGUGGAGGACCUAGCCAGCUUUUGUGGGCAAUCAGGGUAGCAAAAUAGAACGUGUCUGAAAUAAAUUUUCAAGUGUCCUUUCCCCUGCCUAUAAAACCCUCUUUUGCCAGCCAACCAGAGUUAGUCCCAGAAAUGAGAAAUUAUCUUUUCACAUCUGGAUUGCUUUCUAUAAGAUAUCUCAAGUUUUUUUCCCCCCUCCAGAUAUCGGAUCCUCUUCUGUUUAAUUGGGCAAGUUUGGGCCCAAACUUAAUUGGGCCUUCCUCUGCAGCACGGGCCUGGGUCACUUGCAGGUUUAAGCUAGUGUAAAUCGGGGGUUCUCUGUA